CCAUUCUUCAACACAACAGCAAUGACUUUAGAACUCCAAAGAAAUUUUUAAAAUCAAUUUACUCUUAAUUUUCUUUAAAAUAUUUUUUACUAGUUCUUUUUUUCAAUGUCUCGUUUCGACUAUGACACUAUUUUUUAUAGAGUUUUCUGUGCUACCAUCUUGGGUAUUGCUUUUACGUUUACAGUUAUUUUAACUAAUGUUUUCAUUGAUAUAGAUGGAUUGUUAUCUAAAAAAGAUGAUAACAGUCCACACUCCACACCAAAUAUCUUGGAAGAUAAACCAAUGGAAAGUAAUAAAAAUGAAAUCGAAUAUUAUAAUGAAGAACAAAAUUAUGUGGAUGAUUCUGAUUCCUACAGGGCUAAACGUUCUAUAGAGCCAAACGAUUUCGUAUUCCAAGUAAAAAAUCCAAACAUGAAGAAGAUUUUAACAAAAAAAUUAGCAACACUGCUCGAAGAAAUGGAUCAAGAAGAAACAGCGAAAGGUGCUGUGAAACCAGAUGAAAAAGAAACUAGAAGGAAAAAAGAAUUAGACGAAGCAGGGAACGAUAAUAUGUUACAUUUAGCAAUGCAUAACAUUUUGUUACAAGGUAUAAUUGGUCAUAUGGACUUAAACGAUGUGUAUAAAAAGGUUCAUUUGCUGAUCAGAAACUUUUAUGAUGGCAAAAAUUCUGAAAACCCUCAAAAGCAAGGAAUAAAACAAGCAUCUGGUACAGAAGAACAAAAAUUCUUCGAAGAACUGUUAAAAUGUAAAUCAUUACAAAACCAAUUAGCUGAAGAGACGAAGAAUGAGAGUCAAAAACCUAAUUUAAAGCAUAAAGAAACUAAGCUCUUCAUAAAAACAGUCAUUGAAAUAAAUGAAAAUAGAAAAUUCAAUAAGGAAAACGAUUCACAAAACAAAGAUAUAAUUGGACUUAUUAAAUUAAUAUACAAUGGUAAAUCUAUUAAAUUUCAAAAGAUGGAUGAUGAAGAAGCGUUCCCAGUUAAUCAAAAAUCACCAAAUGAAAAAUACAAAACUUCCAAAAAACAUUCAGAAUUUCAAAUGCAUAAUAAUGAAGACAUUGCAGAAAGUACUACUGUACAAACAAUGGAUGAAAAUUUUAUGUCAAACCCUGCAUUCCAUAAAAUUAUCGAGUCGUAUUUGAAACAAUAUCCUAUGGGUAAUCCGUCACAAAGAGAUGUUGAUAAAAAAGCAACUGCCAAUCGUUUAAAAAGGCAAAUAAAAAUACACUACGUUGAUAAAGCUUCAACACAUAAACCUAAGCCAGCUCAUGAUAAAAUUAAAAAAGUCGACGAAGAAUUGUACAUUGAAAUAGAAACGCAUUUCGAUGGAAAGGGCAGUAAAGGCGAAAAGAAGAAAAAAAUGGUUCGUAACCUCAUUGACAAAAUACAAAAGGCUAUCAAUGAAGAUAGUAAUCAUGAGAAAAAAGCAAGUUUCAAACAUAUUAAAGUUAAAAAACGAAAUCAAGAUCCUAUCAAGCCCAAACAUGAUAAUUUCUUUAGCAAAAUAGUGCCUUCUCUUCUUAAUAUUGAUCGCAGAGAAGUGGAUCCUAUUGGCAAAAUAUUACCACAUGUGGAUGAUAUUUUAGACUAUCGUGGUGAUAACUGGAAACGUAAGAACUUUGGUCCUGCCUUUUUGACGUCCUCAAAAUCAGUGAAUUCUGCUGAAAUGGGCGAACUAGUUAUUCAUUAUGAUAGUAUGUUGAAUGAUGACAUCCCCAAACGAAUACAAAAACCAAUAACUAUCGAACAAGAUAAUCUCAAAGCAGAUAAUACUAAUAAUGUUACAUUUUAUUUGAAAGACAUAGAUGGAUCUGGAUUUUCAGUAGGUUUCAAUCAAUAUGUUGAUGAACCACCAGAUGCUGAUAGUCUUAAAUUGUUUAAUGGUCUAGAAAAUCUUAUAAAGGAAUAUCAUAAAAGCUAUGACACUGAAGACGUUAAUAUUAUGGAUAAAGUUGGUAAUUUUGUAGAAGAACAACAAUAUCCUAAAAGAGAGCAAGAAAGCAUAAAAAAUAGUCAUGAAAUAAUCAGGCGAUCAGUAAAUAUGGAUAAAAAUUCAAACUAUAAAUCAUUAUUUAAACGAUUGAUUAUUCCUUUUUCUUUUCGUAAAAACUUAAUCGGUAGUACGAAGUCUUAUAAGGUUUUAACAAAAGAUCAAAACACAAAAAGUAACUAUCGGAUAUAUCCUCGUAAUAUUAAUCUAAUAUCAAAACCAAUUCGAAUCAAAGAUUUAUCGAUCGCAGUUAACAACAACUAUUACAAUUAUUUAAACCCAAAUAAACAAAUAGAUCGUACAUUGAACAGACAAAAACGUUCUGUAUCGGUACAAAAGAUUUCAAACAUCAAAACAAAGAUAAAAUUAAAUAAAUUUCUCAACACUAAAACAAUGAUGAAAAAGCGAUUGUUUUUGAAUAAUAAGAGGAAUAAGAGGGAGGUAAAUAAAAUAAGAAUUAUAGCUAGAGAACGUUCAUCUCGACCCGAAAAAAGAUCAAAUGAAAAUGUAUAUUUAUUAUCCCCAGAAAAUGCAGAUUUGAAUAGAAAAUCUGCUAUAAAAGACACAGAAAUACCUGACACUAUGGCAGAUGAAGAAGUACAAAAUAGUGAUUUAUUACCUCUGUCAGAUUUUCUAGAUAUAAACUAUCCUAAUCAACCAGUUUCACCUCUAGAAGAUGGCCGUAAUUUAGAACAAGCUGUACUCAUGUCAAAAUACCCGCAUAUAUUUUUCGAAGAGGUUCCCAAAUCUAAAGAAUAUUCCUCCGAAGAAAAACCACAAAUUCAACCGUAUAGAAUACAAGCAAGAACUCGUAAUGUACAACCAAAAGUCAACUCUAAUGCAUUUGGAAACUUACCAGAUAAUGUUCAAAUACCUGGCGUUGAAGAUAUAGUUAAUGCAAUACUACCUCACUCAAAAUCUAACUUUAAAAUCACUGUUAAAAUAUCCCCCAAAAACAUUUCUAACGAUUUACAUUCAGGUUUUAAAGAAAUACACACUAGUGUUAACAAAAGUUAUGAUAAAAACGGUCUUAGAUAUUUUUCAACACUAAAUGUAUCACAAAUAUCAAAAAUAGAGAAUCUCAAUGAUAGUACACAUGUUAAAAAUGAAUCGAAUACAAGUCGAAAGUUUAUGCCUGAAAUAGUAAUAAAUAAAGAAGAAACAGAAAGAGAUAAUCAAAUGAAACUACUUUUUGAACAACAUAAGAAAAGAAUUGAUGAACAGUUGGACAAUUUAAAAAGGGAACGAGUAUAUUUAGAAAACUUAUUGGAUAACAAAAAGGACUUUAGUCCGAGCCCUUUCUUCGAUGCCAAAGACAAUUUGUACAGACAAGAUUAUGUCACCGAAUUAACCCAUAAAACUGAACCUAUAACAACUACUAUUAAAACAACAACAACGAAAACUACAACAAGUUCUCCAUUAACAACAACACAUGCUAUAACUACAUCAAAACCAAUUCAAGACCAAGAAAAGGAAUUACUUAUAACAACUAUAAAACACAAUAAGGAUACUUUUCUAAACAAAUUAUCAAAACACUUAGAAAAUACGGAGAAAACAACAGAAAUAGAUACAAAUAAAUCUAAUAAAGAUACUAUGGAUUGGAAGAACUUUGCACCGAAUAAUCAGCUUUUUCGACAAGUAUCCGAAUUUCAUAACAGUACCCAUACUAUUCCCUAUAUUUAUACCUUCCAACCAGUUGAUGAAAAUCCUUCAUUAAAUACAGUCUACGACACUCAUAUUAAAACAAAUAAAUUGGAUAUUCCAAAACCAAUGAAAGCAGUUCAUAAUUUUAUAAGACAAAACCAAUCGAGGUUUUUUAUUGAUGAAUUGGAGAACAUAAACCCUGAUGUUUCAGCUACUAUUAAAAUUAAUACAACCCAUGCGUUAACAUAAGAAUGUUUUCAUUUGAUUAAACUAUAUUAUUUUAAGGUUUAAAAAUAAUUAAAAUUAACUUUAA